UAUUGUAAUCGAAUCGGUCGAUGGAAGGUUUUUCAUGUAAAUCAUAUUUUAUGAAGUGAAAAUCUAAGUGGAGGGUGGAUGGCUGUUUUCUGAAUGUAAUUUCCAUUUUAAAGCAGACAUGGCAAUGUCAAAAGGAUUUAAAGUCCUAGAGAAAUCAUCGCCCCCAAACCCUUACAGUAUAAUUUUGCAACAUAGAAAUAAAGACACGGCUUUGCUUUUUGAAUCUCAAGCUGUAGUAUCGUUGUCGUCUCAAGAAACGGAAACUCUUAGAAAACAAUAUCAUAAAAUAGCUGAUGCUUACGGCUGCUUGGGAGUUUUACAACUGAACGCCGGUGAAAGUUGCUUGCUGUACCUCGUACUGGUCGUGGGAUGUUGCUCCGUCGGAAAGGUGGGUGAUGUAGAGGUAUUCAAAAUAACACAAACACAGUUUCUUCCUCUAUUCUAUCAAUCUCAAGGGGAAGAUAAAGUUUCGGAAGUCCGAAAACUAUUGAAUUCUGGUACUUUCUACUUUUCAUGGAAUUCUGGUAAAAUUCAAGACAAUCUUUUUGAUUUAACACUUUGCUCUCAGAGGAAAAGUAAGGGUGCUAACCCAGAUAAUAGAUUCUUUUGGAAUAGGACACUUUUUAUACAUCUAAUAAGAUAUGGUAUUGAUUGUGAUGAUUGGCUGACUAGAGCUAUGUGUGGUUCAGUUGAAAUCCGCACUAUUUAUGUUGGACACAGGCAGGCUAGAGCAGUGCUUGUGUCAAGAUUGAGCUGUGAGCGAGCCGGUACUCGCUUCAAUGUAAGAGGUUGCAAUGAUGAUGGAAAUGUUGCCAAUUUUGUUGAAACAGAACAAGCGAUAUAUAUUGAUGAUUCAGUAGCAUCCUACAUACAAACAAGAGGUUCUGUGCCAUUAUUCUGGGAGCAGCCUGGUAUUCAAGUGGGAUCUCAUAAGGUUAAAAUGUCUCGAGGGUAUGAUGCAUCAACCAGUGCUUGCGAUAGGCACUUUUCUCAGUUAAAACGCAAUUAUGGAUCAAUAUUCGUUGUUAAUUUGCUGGGCUCAAGUUUGAUUGGCGGCAGUGAAGGAGAAGCAACACUUAGCAAUGCUUACCAGAGACAUCUUAAUGAAUCCGCACAUUCUGAUGUAAUACAAAUUAUUUUCGACUACCAUCAAGAGGUGAGAGGUUCAUCCAUAGAAUCUGCUUUGUCUAAAUUCAAGAAAAUUAUUGAGAAAAAUUAUGAUGACAUUAGCAUCUUUAGUGCUAGAGGCGUUGACAUCUAUAAUAUUCAAAAAGGUGUUAUCCGCACUAAUUGCCUAGAUUGUCUAGACAGGACAAACUCUAUACAAACAUUUAUUGGUUUAGAAAUGUUAGCUAUUCAGCUAAUGCUUUUGCAAUGUGUGGAUAAGAAACAAAAUGUUAAUAGAUUUGAAGAGGUAUUCAAACAGAUGUGGAUAAAUAAUGGGAAUGAGAUUUCUAAAAUCUAUGCAGGCACUGGAGCUAUUCAAGGUGGUUCAAAGCUUAUAGAUGGUGCCAGAUCAGCUGCUCGUACUAUUCAGAACAAUCUGUUGGACAAUUCUAAACAAGAAGCAAUUGAUAUAUUGUUGUUAGGAUCUACAUUGAACUCGGAGCUUGCUGAUCGUACAAGAAUAUUACUACCCCCAAAUAUCCUUCAUACCUCAACACCCGUGUUGAGAGAAAUGUGUAGAAGGGCUAAUGAAUUCACUCAACCAUCUAGCAUUCGGAUUACCAUUGGUACAUACAAUGUGAAUGGAGGCAAACAUUUCAGAAGCCUAGCCUAUAAAGAUGUAUCUUUAGCUGAUUGGCUUUUAGAUUGCCCUAAUUCAUCUCUAGUUUCAACAGUAAAUAUGACUGAACAACCCUCAGAUAUCUUUGCUAUAGGAUUUCAAGAGAUUGUUGAUUUAAAUGCUAGCAAUAUAAUGGCAGCAAGCUCUGAUAAUGCUAAAGCCUGGAGUGAGGAGUUAGAAAAAGUAUUGAGCAGAGAUGCCUCAUAUACUCUUUUGUCUAGUCAUCAAUUAGUUGGAGUUUGCCUGUUCAUAUUUGUAAGAAAGGACCUAAUUCCGCAUAUUAGAGAUGUGGCACUUGAUUCUGUUAAAACAGGUCUUGGUGGAGCCACUGGAAAUAAAGGAGCUGUUGUUAUAAGAAUGGUAAUUUAUGGUUCAUCAUUAUGUUUUGUGUGUGCUCAUUUUGCUGCAGGACAGUCGCAAGUAUCCGAACGUAAUGCCGAUUACACUGAGAUUACUAGAAAGAUUGCUUUUCCUAUGGGUAGAUCUCUUUACUCUCAUGAUUAUGUAUUUUGGUGUGGAGACUUCAAUUAUCGCAUAGACUUAGAUAAAGAAGAGUCGCGGUUGUUGGCUGCACAAAACAAUUUGCAACGACUUCUAGAACAAGAUCAGUUAACAAGACAAAAGUCUCAGGGUUUGGUUUUUAAAAACUGUUUCGAAGGUGAAAUCACUUUUCCGCCUACUUAUAAGUAUGACCUAUUCAGUGAUGAUUACGAUACUAGUGAAAAGUGUCCUUACAAGGAAACACUAUAA